AUGCCUUUUACUACUCCGCUUCACUCCCACCUGUCCGUCCAUCUCCACAUUAGCUUCCCUCUACCCAAUUUCUCCUUGCUUCCCAGUCACUUCUUGCCUAGCCUCCUGUACUUGCCUUCUUCACUAGCCGCCCAUACUUUCCUUCUUCCCUUGCCUCCUCUACUUGCCUUCUUCCCUUGCCUCCUCUACUUGCCUUCUUCCCUUGCCUCCUCUACUUGCCUUCUUCCCUUGCCUCCUCUACUUGCCUUCUUCCCUUGCCUCCUCUACUUGCCUUCUUCCCUUGCCUCCUCUACUUGCCUUCUUCCCUUGCCUCCUCUACUUGCCUUCUUCCCUUGCCUCCUCUACUUGCCUUCUUCCCUUGCCUCCUCUACUUGCCUUCUUCCCUUGCCUCCUCUACUUGCCUUCUUCCCUUGCCUCCUCUACUUGCCUUCUUCCCUUGCCUCCUCUACUUGCCUUCUUCCCUUGCCUCCUCUACUUGCCUUCUUCACUAGCCGCCUGGACUUGCCUUCGUCUCUCUUGCCACUUCAUCUCAUUAUGUCGUUGAUCUGCCACUGUCCCAGAUUGCUAUUGACGAUGGGAGUCACUCUGCUGCUGGGAGCGACUGCUGCUGCUUCCGUUACUCAACCGCUCUAUCUCGGUGAGUCGAUGCUCUAUCUCGGACAACUGAAGCAGUUCCAUGUGGCAGCCAAGGCAGGCAGGAGUAUGAAGACCACAUAUAUUAGAGCUGAACCAGUUCAAUGGGUUAUACUGCGACCCCCGGCGUAG